CAUGACACAACAUUGACAACAAGAUCUGGUCGCGCGGGGCAGGACGAACUGUUCUGGCGCAAGCAGCACAUGCACCGUUCCAGGUUUAAAUCGGUUAAGAACCUAGUCCAGUUACCAUGAAGAGAUAUACAAAUCCUUUCCUGCCUGCUCUGCCAUUUCUUAGCAGACAUGGGAGAUAACUCCUUCCCAAGGAUACAGAAUCAAGACAGCGAACGACACCAGCCAUCAACAAAAAGCGGGCAAGAGAAGAGCAGAAAUAAAUGAUCAGGAUUAAUUAAUUAUACGACCGACUCCUUAAAGGCAGAUUAUAGCGACCUAUACAAUACACCACCAUAAUCAGUAAACUGUUUGUAGCUAACACACGUACAACAUUUUACCAUCGCGUGUACAAGAGUUCUUCCUGCAGACUAUUUCUGGAAUUCGAUCGUAAUCAUGGAAACGUACACUGACGUUCUACUUGUCACCGCAAAUGUUGGGUCAUUAUUCGACAAUGUGGGUGAGAUUGAGAGUGACUGGCUUCGAGAAUUAUUUGGGACUGUCCAGAGUCACAAACCACGCUUCAUCGCCCUGCACUUCCAGGAGGUUGGAGGCAAGGACUACAUGGUUAAUAUGGGCCAUGCGGAGAACUUCUUCUGGAACAUUGAGUCCAGUGAGGAGAUGAGGGACUUUGACAGGGUCUGCAUCUAUGUGGACAACCACUUUAAGAACGUGGACAGCUUCACGGCCCUGGGAAGCAUGUACUUCAUCCACAAGUCAUUGAAAAACAUCUACCAAUAUGAUUUUAAUGUUAAAGAUUUUAAAGCAGUGUCUGGACAAAACAAGUAUGUGGGAUCCCUGGAUGGGGUAACCACAAUGGAGAAAGAAAAAUUCCCGAAGAAUUUCUGGCCUGAUUUCAAAUGGUCUAGGAAGGGCUUCAUGAGGACCCGGUGGAUCAUUCACAACCAGGGUCUGGACCUAGUCAACGUACACCUUUUCCAUGAUGCCUCCAACCUCAUUGCCUGUAAUGCCAGUCCCUCCAUCUACUCAGCCAACCGCCAGAAGGCCCUCAGAUAUGUCAUCAAUAGGAUAUCAGAGAGCAGCUACACUCCACUCCCCUUCUUCCUGUUUGGGGAUUUCAACUUCCGCCUGGACACCCUUAGCCUGGUCCAGAACUUGUCCACUUCAGCAGAGGUGCAGACAGUGAAGAAGGACAGCAGUAACGAGGUGGAGAAAAUAAUCUGCGAGGAAAAGGACAAUGACCACAAGAUUCUUCUCCAUAUUGAGACCAAGUUGUUUGCCUACCUGCACCAGGCAGUGUUCAGAGAGGACAACGGCAGGGCGAUUUUGAAAUAUGACAAGGAGAUUGCAGCCUUUCAAGAUGUCAUUGCCGAGGAAGAAAUCCUGUUUCCACCCAGUUACCCCUACAGUGAAGACUACACUAAACCCACCCAGUACAUGAACACUCGCUGCCCCUCCUGGUGCGACCGUAUCCUCAUGUCUCACACUGCCCAAGACAUCAUCCACAGGAGGGAUGAGGGAGAGAGCAGUGUGGUUUACAACAUACUGGGCCCUAAUGUCUGCAUGGGCGACCACAAAGUAACCUUUAUUUAUACAUGCAUACAUACAUACAUGCAUACAUACAUACAUACAUACAUACAUACAUACGUACAAAUGUAACAUGUCUGCUCUUGAAAAUGGCCCUUGAUAAACAGGACUUAACUGAUGAACCAUUGUGUAUUCUUCCUUUUUCCCCAGCCUGUUUUCUUGUCCUUUGCACUGAAGACAAAUGGCCAUUGACAAGGAUCCCUCUGUGGUAAGAGUAUAUGUGCUAGUGAGUGUAUGUUCUUCUGUAGGUUUACAGGAUUAUAUCCAGGGGGUUUCUGAAAUAGCGAUCACAGGCCGUAAUCUUGUCCAGCUCCCGGGCCUUAUUCUCCAGAGAGCCAUAGACCAGGCUGGCCCAGUGGAGUGCUGUUGGGAUAUGAACUAAGAUGAAGUGCCUCUGUGGACAAACUGCAUCCUUUGUCCAUAAUGUAGCUGGACCAUCUAUGUCUAUAGAAUCCUCUCCACUGUCACUGUGUGUGGCUACACUAAGCCCAAUGUGGGCCCUGUUUUCAUUCAUUACCAGACAGAUCGCCGCCCAGAGAGACAUUCAUUGUGCAGGGCAGUGUAUUGGCAUUUUUACGGCUAUUCUAUGACUUUUUCAUAUGAUGUUUUUUUCCUUAAAGAGGUUUUCUCGUCAGAAGUUUCUAACAGUGACAAAAGCCAUGGUUCAGAAAGACUUACGGCUGUCAAUUAGCUUUUCAAUGAGGGGACAGCAUACCAAAGCAUAUAAUAUGUGAUUCUCUGGUCUGCCAUGGCUAUCCUGGUCCCAUCUAUGAAUCCAGCAGUAUUUCACCCAAUUUGGACUUGUAUCUUUAGUUUUUUUAGGAACUCCUUUAGCAAUCCUAUAUCAUUAAUUUACACAUUGAAACAAUUUAUAGAUGAUUUUCAGAUGUUACUGUAUGUUUUCCUUGUGGAUGGUAAAUAGAGUUAACUUUUUUCCCAUUAUCUAAGCCAGUGUCUAUCCAACAUUGGUCAUCACCAUCACACACUCCCACUCCGCUAUCCGUACCAGAGGAUAAACAGAGCAGCUCCUACCCAGUCAUGGCACCCAGCCUCUCACUGAAGUGCAUGCAGUCAGUCAGUUUCCACCCAACCAAGUCUCUCAUUCUAUUCUCCUCUCACUCCAAGUUAUUGAUUGCCAUGACUUGGGUGACAUCAUCACAGAUUUGAUCAUCAGCAUUAUGGAUUUUUUUGACAGACAAUUUGCUCUGUCCUGUGCUUGGCCAUACGUCUCGCCAUCCAUACCCCAAAAUGUACACCGAGACAGGGUAUUUUCUGGGAGUCCUCUCUUCAGUGAUGGAUCGUUGGAAUAGGACCAACGUAAAGACAAUCGACUAUGUGACCGUGGGACUGCUGAUGUUUAGGCCAUGGUCUUGUCAGGGAGGGACCAGCUCUCACCCAAUGGGAGGAAGGAAACAUGUGAGGACACACACAUAUACACACUCUGGCACUCUGCCAAGUAAAUACCCUGACUUUAGCUGGUCAAACGGUUUUAAAGUGUCAAGGGAUUAUAAUGAAGUAUUGACCAUUCCUUCUGACAUUCCUGAAUGGAAUAUGCAUGCAUGCUUUUAAUUUGUAUGUUAGUAGUCUUUUAUUUUACUUAUUUAUUUUCUUACUGUUUUAACUGUUUACCAUCAACAUAAGCAUACUAAAAGCAAACACUCACAAACACAUUAAACAAAAGCUGCUACAGUAUUUCAAUGCACCAUCAGCAUGUUUGUCAGAAUAGAGCAGUAGUGUAAUACACAUUUCUCCGUGCAUUAUUAUGUUGUGCAGUCUUUUGUUGGAAACAUACAUUUUUACCAGUAUGUACAUACUAUCCCAGCUCAUCCUUGGAACUGAACUCCAACAAAACGCUCCAUUUGCCUCCUAAUGCCACGCUGAGGUCAUUUUUCCUAACCUACUAUCUCAAUGGUGUUAUAAACUCAGCUUAAAUCAAUAAAAUGAUGUAAAAGACCAGUGGGCCAGAUUCAGGCUGGGAGCCCAUAAGGUCAGUAUGAAAUGUGGAAUGGGCGCCUUCCUUUCCCAUCAGACCUCUGCCUUGGAUUCCCUCCGCCUCUAAAGUGUAGCAUCUACAUGCUGCUGAAUACUGAUGAUCACAGCUCUGCCUGCCUGCUACCACACUCUGCUGGGUAUACUCUCUGGUGGCUUGUACGUUGACAUAUUAUGGGGUGGGCCUAUGUAAUGUACAACCAUGGUUCAACUGUAAGGUUAGUCUACUCUAUCGGACAUCAGAGCAGACAUGGGUGGCUAAAUGUUGUCAGCUUCUGUGUAUAUUCAAUUAAAUGGAAAUGUUCCACAUUCAGACAAUAUCAGCACAAAAAGACACCAAGCUUGCUACAUCAGUCACUGAUAGGAGUUGAUUUUGCUGCUCCCUUAUAAGGACAUCACGAUUUAUGUAGUCUAUUUUAAUUAAUGAUGCGUAUUGCGGUGGUACAGUAGGUAGCUACAUUCUUGUUACCACGAAGUGCUUUAUUCCACAAACUAUGACUGGGUCCUUUAAAGUAGCUCCUAAGAGAUUCAUAAAUAUGUUUUCAUUUGUUUUUAGAGAAUUGAAGAGUGUGCUGAUAGAGAUUUCUCUUGUUCAGGGGAGCUGACAUGAUGUUAUUCUGUUUUUAAUAAUGUAUCCAUUGUUUUACAAGGCAGCAUCUUCUGGACUGUUUCAGUUACUGUGAUCAGUUUGACUGUUUUACCAAACAAUAACUUGUUUACCAUCCCACUCUUUAAUUUGAAUGUGGAUGUGUCUGGAAUGGAUGUUUGAUACCACCUUCACACAUGCACAUCCAUGCACACGUUCACACAGGCGAAGUUUGAACAAUUUGAAGCUUGACACCUACGUAUUAUUUUGGUUACAGUUAUUUUAUUGAGUAUAUCUCUCUUUCUAUGUUUUAUGUUUAUUUGUGCUGUAGCAACCUCUUCAGAUCUUUGUUCAUUGUCCAUGUUCUGUUUUGUAUGAAAUUGAGGGAUAGUUUGCAUCAUUUUGCUUUGAUAAGGACUAUUUCAAAGACUUAAAAUAUAAUCAUGGAUUUCUUAUUGAUUAAUAGUUUUAUCAAAUAUUCAGAAUGCACUUAAAUGUUAAAUGCCUAUUAAUGAAGUUAUUCAAAUGUUGUACUCUUAUUUUAAGGUAGAAAAUGCAUAAUUUGUCAUCAAUCUUCCUCUGUAGUAUGUGGUGAUUGACUGACACUCAAUCUGCUGUGAAGUAAUUAUAGACUGAUAUGACAAGGAUUCAUCAGUUCAAAUGUAUAGAUAGAUUAUCCUUGUAAUCUGGACCCUGUCAAAUGUCCUUAAUUAGUUUACAAUCAAUAAUGUAUGGGUCUGCGUGGAAAGUGCAAGGCCCACUCAAUAAUAUACUUAUACUAGUUGAUUCAUGGUAUUGUCAACAUAUUGUAAUGCCCUUAGAGUUCAACAUGAGGCCAGUAGUAUUGCUAGAUGGAGUGGACUAAUGCCGUUUGUCGAAUUUAAUGGUUGAACACAAAAAAAACACUAUACUCAUGUAAUGCUUCCAGUUUUGUAAAUAAAUGUUGACCACUGCAAUUACA